AUGAGUAUUCCAUUUGGUGUUGAUUUCGGCAAUUUCCACUCUGUUAUUGGUGUUGCCCGUAACAGAGGUAUUGACAUCAUUGUCAAUGAAGUUUCCAACAGAACCACUCCAUCCCUUGUUGGCUUUGGCCCCAAGAGCAGAUCCAUUGGUGAAGCUGCCAAGUCUCAAGAGAUUUCUAACCUUAAGAACACUGUCGGUAGUUUGAAGAGAACUCUUGGUCUUAAGAGCGACGAUCCUAACCUCGAGACCGAGAAGCGUUACAUUUCUUCCGAGCUUGUCAAUGUCGAUGGCAAUGCCGGUGCUAAGGUCCGUUAUCAGGGCAAGCAGACUGAAUUCACCUCAAUUCAGCUUGCUGCCAUGUACUUCAACAAGAUCAAGCAAACCACUCAGCAUGAAGUCAAGGGUGGCAACAUUUCUGAUGUUGUCAUUGCCGUCCCCACAUGGUACUCUGAUUCCCAACGUCGUGCUACUGCCGAUGCUGCUGUGAUUGCCGGUCUCAACCCUGUUCGCAUUGUCAAUGACGUUACUGCUGCUGCCGUUGGUUACGGUGUUUUCAAGACUGACCUCCCCGAAGACAAGCCCAAGAUUGUGGCUUUUGUUGAUAUUGGUCACUCCGAUUACACUGUUUCUAUCGGUGCUUUCAAGAAGGGUGAACUUAAGAUCCUCGGCACUUCUUACGACAGAAACUUUGGUGGCAGAGAUGUCGACUACCACAUUGCUAACCACUUUGCGGAGCAAUUCGUCACUAAAUACAAGAUGGAUGUUCGCACCAACCCUAAGGCCUUCUCUAGAGUUCUUACUCAGGCCGAGAAGUUGAAGAAAAUCCUUUCUGCCAACACUUCUGCUCCUUUCAACAUCGAGUCUGUUAUGAACGACACUGAUGUCUCUGGUUCUAUGACCCGUGACGAGCUGGAGGAGUAUCUUACUCCUCUGAUUGCUAAGAUCCCUAAGCCUAUUGAGGAGGCCAUUAAGAUCGCAAAUGUUUCUAAGGAGGACAUUGACUCUAUUGAAAUCAUUGGUGGUUCUACUCGUAUCCCCUGCUUCAAGAAUGCCAUUCAGGAGACCUUUGGCAAGUCUCUUUCUUUCACCCUUAACCAGGAUGAGGCUAUUGCUCGUGGUGCUGCUUUCAUUUGCGCCAUCCACUCUCCUACUCUUCGUGUCCGUCCUUUUAAGUUUGAGGACCUUAACCUUCACAGUGUCACAUUCUCCUGGCCUCCUAAUGAGGCUGAUGAGGAGUCUGAGCUUGAGGUGUUCCCUCAAUAUGGCUCUUAUCCCUCUACUAAGCUUAUUACCCUCUACAAGUCUGAAGAUUUUGAUCUUGAGGCCAGAUACACCAACCCUGAGACUCUCGAAAAGGGUGUCAAUCCUUGGGUUGGUAAGUGGACCAUCAAGGGUGUUGUUCCUGAUUCUACAGGUGCCCCCUCUGUCGUUAAGAUCAAGUUGAGACACGAUCCUAGCGGUCUUUAUGUCGUCAGCGAUGCUUACAUUUCUGAGGAAAUUGAGGUCGAAGAGCCCGUUCCUGUUGAGAAGAAGGAAGGUGAGGAAGAGCCUGAACCCCAGUACAAGAUUGUCAAGAAGUGGGUUAAGAAGGCUGAUCUCAAGGUUAUCCACGCUCAUCUGGGUCUUGAUGACGCUCUUAAGUCUUCUUUCAUUGAGAAGGAGAACCAGAUGGCUGUUGACGACAAGCUCGUUGCUGACACUGAAGAGAAGAAGAAUGCUCUUGAGGAGUACAUUUACGAUAUCCGUGGCAAGAUUGAUGACGAGUACUCUGCUUUUGCCAGCGAUGCUGAAAAGCAGAAGCUCCACAAGCUUCUUGAUGCGGCCGAGGAGUGGCUUUACAACGAUGGUGAAGAUGCUUCCAAGGGCCAGUAUGUCGCCAAGUACGAGGAGCUUGCUUCUAUUGGUAACUUGAUCAAGGGUCGCUACCAAUCUAAGAUUGAGGAGGAGCGACAGGCUAAGCUUGCUAAGCAGGAGGCUGAAGCUCACCGCAAGAUGGCUGAGAAGCUUAAUGCUGCAAAGGCUGCUCGCGAAGAAGCUGCCAAGCAGACUCCUGCCAGCGAGGAUGUCGAGCUUCCUGAUGCUUAA